GGAGAUAAUCGCUACAAUAUUAAGCAAAGUUAUAGAAAAUGGACAAAUUCUAACAGAAGAUAUUGUUCAUAUUAUUCAGGAUUCAUUUGUACGUACUGAUAUAAAUUCAAUAUUAAAUUUAAUUCGAAGAUUAGCUGAACAAUAUACAUAG